UUUUAUAGCUCACCUAACCAGCAAUCAACAUAUUUCACUCCAAAUCAAAAAUCAACUUUUUAUUUCACUCCAAAUCAACAAUCCACCUUCUAUUCCACUCCAAAUCAACAAUCACCUUUUUAUUUCACCCCAAAUCAACAAUCAACUUUUUAUUUCACGCCAAUCCAACAACGGACGCAUUGUCCCACACUAAAUCAACAUGCAGCCACUCCUUUCCAACCCAACCAACAGCUGACAACA